UGAAGCGGUAGAGGGCGCUGUGUAGCCUACCCAGUAAAAACGAGGAAGAAGAGGCGGAACCAACGUAAAACGAAGAAGGGGCACCAGGGUAACCAUGGCUAAAGUUGACAGCGGAGCGAAGCCACUACAAAAUGCCAUGAAAAUGGCCAAAGUGGCAAUACAGCUGGACGGAGGGAACAGACACAAGGAAGCUUACUGUGAAUACCUCCGGACCAUCAACUACAUAUCACAUGCACUUUUGGAGGAAGCUGUUUCACAGAUGGAAAAGGAGAUGGUGUCAGUGGAAGUGGCUCGGAUGUUGACCCUAGCUGAGCAGUGUCUGGAGCGAGCCAAGUCAUUUGUAGGGAAGAGCACCGAGCCCCCCGACCUGUCAGCUUCUGCUUUCUCUUCGGGUUCACCUGGCCUACCAGAGCCCCAUCAGACUGCGGUCGUCCCUGCCUCUCACACUGCAGACACUGUCACAGUACCUGUGGGUGGUGCUCCUGUGGCCACAGACCAUAAAUCCUCGAGUCCCAGAGUGAGCGGUCACAGCAGGCUGUUGUCAGACGAAGCCGAGGAGCCCUCACCUUUCCUGCCUCCCGAAGUCUUCCACAAACUACAAGCAGAAGCGUCGCAGGACACGGGCAAAAAGGAGCUGACACCCAUCGAAGAAGCCUCACGUUUGAACCAGAAGCUGAAAGCUAAUUACGAAGCUCGCCUGGCGAGACUCACACCUGGUCAAGCCUACCAGAAGACAUCUUUGACACUCUCUCUCCAGCGGCAGAUGAUGGAGAACCUCAUCAUAGCCAAAGCCAGGCAGGAUGCUCUACAGCGGAAGAUGGAGGACAGAAGACUGAGGCUGCAGGAAGAGGCCAACAGGAGAUUUGCAGCAUCUGGGGCAAUGACUCCAGAGGAGCGAGAGCAGCGUAUUCUCUACACCAAUGUUCUGGAAUAUGAACAGGACCAUGAUUGGCCCAAACAGUGGAAAGCCAAAAUGAAGAAGACUCCUGAUGUCUCGUUAGUGUCAAAUCUGGUCUCCUACCUGCUCAGCCGGUCCGACCACCCAGUUGUGAAGCUGCUGAGGAAACAUCAGUACCGAGUUUACAACCGGCUGUACCCCAUCGUUAGUAAAGGUCUCCCUAAGAGUCCCGCCAUGCCACUGAGACCACGUCACAGCAUUCACAACCCACUUCAUCCAGAGACUCCGAAGAGACCAGUCAGGACAGCAUGUAGUACCCAAAGUGUAAAGAGCUUCAGCACAGACUCCUUGAUUUCUCCCUCGCGCUCCCACAACCUCAUCCCUAAAUAUGAGGAGGAAGAGGCGGAGGAGCCCAGCGAGCAGGGGACAAUGGACCGGGAGAACUCAUUUGAAGAUCUGGAGCAGUUUGUGACUCAGAUGGAUUGGGUUCAACCCCCCAGCAGCACAGACGACACUGCCUCGGAUUCAGAUUCGGUCUGCGAUUUUUCUGUGCCGCUGGAGCAGGAUGAGAGCCACGUCCAGGAGCUGGAGAAGAGAGCGCUUAAAGAAAACCUGAAAGCUGUCGUCAAGGACGUUCAUAUUGCAAUCGAUCAGCUUCUGUCUUUGUGUUUGCUGUCCUUUGAGUGCCUAAACACUGCCAGCUUUAAGGACCUGUGUCUCGCCAGCAUUGAGGAAGCCUUCUUCACACCCCUGUGGAGCGCCCUAGUGGCUCUUUUCAGGAAGGUGUAUGUAGAAAGGGAGGAGGCCUACGAGACCAGUGUGAAGCUGUACAGCGAUGUUUCACCUAGAGAUAUCGGCAUUCCCUUGAAACUGUUUCCCCAAAAUACCGGUUCCCCACAAGGUUCCUACCCCUACGGGUCUGCUAUCCAGGAGCUCAAACUUCUCAUUCAUGACCGAUGUCCACAGAGGAAACUGGAAUGCAUUGUGAGGACGUUACGCCUGAUCUGUGCCUGUGCUGAGGAUUACAGGUGUCUUCAUGAAGGGGACACAACUCCCAAAACAGCGGCCAUCGGUGCAGACGACCUGUUACCCAUCCUGUCCUACGUGGCUCUGCGGUGUCAGUGUCCUCAGCUGGUGUCUGAAUGUGCUGCUUUGGAGGAGUUCAUUCAUGAAGGCUAUUUGAUAGGAGAGGAGGGAUACUGCCUCACCUCCAUGCAGAGUGCUUUGGCCUAUGUUGAGUCUCUGCAGCCCGGCGUAGCUCAGCUUCCUGCGGGAAAGCUUAUAUGAAACAGGCUGCUGCACAUCCUUCCGUUCACCCCGUGACCCCUGCUGCAGUACAUAAAGGCUCCAGCUGAACCUGCAGCUCCCUGAAACUGCAUAUGCAUAUUUUCUUGCACACAUACAGACGUACGUUACAUUUAACCAACCAGAGGGACUAAACUGGUGCCGGUGAGCCUUUUUGACCCCAUCAGCGCCUGCUUUGGGACCUGUUGUGUUUUCAGACUGGUUGAAGUUGGACUUAUUCAAGGAUUGCUGUGUUUGCUGUCCAGACUUCUUCGCACACGCCUUUCUCUGCAGAAAGGAUUGAACUACUACUUCUCUCCAUCUCAAAUGAUUUUGACCUUUUUGUGUCCGCGACCUGAGCGCGGCACGAUGACCGCUUCCCUGCAGGGACUGACAGGCUCCUCCAACUAUGAGGCAAAUGCUGUAACAGAAGGCAAAUAUUCAUGUGUUAACAUGUUACUGAGAAUAAUUAGCGUGGGCUUCAUUUACUCUCUCCAGCCGAUGAAAGAAAACAGCGUUGCUAAUGCUGAUUUCCACCUUUAUUGGCACCAGUUGGACUAAUUGUUGCUCUAUUUCAAGUAUGUAGUUAUUAAAAUGCAGUUUAAUAAGAGCAGUUGCUGUUUGUAGCUCACAUUCCAGUUAUGCAUGAAUGACUUUAACUUCAGAUUUCCUAAACUCAUCGACUUACAAGUUCCCCAGCACAGCUGCACGUUGGUGUUUCAGCUUCCUCUGCUUCCAGAGGGGAGGGGCUGAGCAUUUAUCCACAGGAGGCUUGGAGUGAAGUGAUGUUUAUGUACAGUAAGACGAAUAAAACUGUCGCAUCGGCAUCAAAGAAAAGCAGUGUGAAUGGGGCUUCAAUGAGGAAAAGGGAUAACGUGUCAAAACUUAAUCAUCUGAUUCAGGAAACGAUUAAAAUGUGAAGGAGUUUGAUUUUAAAAGCACUACUGAAGUUUACAGUGUGGGGUGCGUGCUUAGACUGAGAUUUGGAAAGUCAUCUGUUCUAGGGAAACUCUUUUUAAAGGAAUGACGCACAUUUAUAAUUUUUGAAUGCUUGUGUGUGUUUUUGAGGCAUUCAGAGGUGAGGUUGUGUUGGAUGUUCAGACGGACUCGGUGAUUGGUGGAGAUGUAGUGGAGGAGGAGCUCUGCAGUGUUUAGGUUGGGUUUUACUAACUGCAGGCACUCGGGUUGCUUUUCUCCUCAUGUGGAUGUUUUCCUGCACACUCACAUUAUCCAGGUUAUUUCAUAGCUUUUUUUGUAUCAUA